AUGUUGGUGACCCAGGUAACCAUGCAGUUGGAGCCACUACCAAACAUCCCCGGCAUCGUCCUGGCUGCACUUGCGUUGUGUGCAUUCAGCCCCCAAGCGGAAAGGGCAGGCACAAUCCCACUUGGCCGCUUUAAAACCCUCAUGCUGCGCAAGAAGAAACGCCCAUCGGAACGCGAAGCAGAAGUCGCCCAGGGAAAGGACCAGAAUCACCCUAAGGACGAAUCAGAAACGGACGUUGCAUCUGGACUUGCAUUGCUGCAUAUGAAUCAUUCCGAAAAUGAAAGAAGCCCAAGUGGAGUCCAAAUGCAGGUUGCUGAAACCAGCAAGGCAGAGAUAAGUUUGUAA